CCACGUAAAAGUGAGAUCCGUGAGAUCAGAACCAUGAGGGCUGGGUUACCAUUGGAACUCUUCGUUCUCGAGAUAAAUACUCCCUUGCAAUUAUGCUUCAGAGAGAGCAAAUUUCCUUACCUAUGAUCGAGGUCAGAAGUUUGGUUAUUUUAGAGUACAAUGUAACAGAGGUAAUUCCGGUCACAUUUCUAUUAAGAAUCAGAAAUUCAAUGUACAAAAAUGGAGUUUUUUUGACGUAAAAGAUUGCCUCGAACUUUUUGUCGCUCGGGAGGAGCCCUUACUGCUCUGCAAUAGAAAUUUCUUCAAGGUGUGGUGGAGGUUGCAACACUGGCAAUCUUAUCCACGUAGAUCCAGGGAGAUUACACCCUGGUCCCAAAUUGGGAGAAUCAGCACGUCCUGCAGAUCGAUAAGAUUAGACGAAUCGAUCAAAAUUGAUCAUGUAUCUAGAAGGCCCUUACUGACAGGCACGUUCUAAAGGCCCGGACUCGAAGAAUCUCACUAGCACACAGAGUGACGUGAGACAGACGAGAUGCCUACACGCAAUCUCGGAGACAAACGACAUGACCGACGAGACGACCGAGGUGACAGAAAAGUCAAAAGAUUCAGAGGAAAUGAUCCACGAGACGUCCGAGACGACGGAAGAGCUUUAGAAGGAGGGCCGAGCGAGAUCGCAGCAGGUGUUCCAGGAAGUCCACAAAAUAAGGAAUAUGCUCUCAUUAAAGUCCUCGAAGAAGACGAAGAUAUCCACAACCACUACAAGCAGCUGGAGCUGCUCGGAGCAGGCACGUUUGGUGAGACCUUCUUAGUUGAAGACGUAAAAAAUCCCCAGAGUCCAAGGUUAGCAAUGAAGGUACAGAACAAAAAGGGCUUUGGGUUUUUAUUACGAGACGACAUAGAAUCGGAUCUCUCGAGGUUGUACAAAGAAAUGUUGAUCCUGAUCAAAAUUCUUCCGCCACACAAGAAUAUUAUUGAGGUCAAGGAUUUGCUGGUAAGCAGAAACUGCGUUUAUAUCGUUCAGGAGCUAUGCACUACAUUGACCCUCGACGAAUUCUAUCGUGUCGUCGAUAAUACAAGCGCGCAAAGAGUUUUCAGGCAGAUAGUCGAUGCUGUUCACCUCAUGCAUGAGUAUGGUGUGGUGCACUGUGACUUGAAAGAAGACAACAUUCUGUUUCAAGACAAGGAAUUCAUGGAAUGCAAGGUCAUAGACUUCGGCGUAUCUAUCUAUAUCCCAGACUGGGCCACAAAGUUUCAUAAUUAUUUCAUCCCAAGCAUUUGGUUUAUAAAGGAAGAUCUAAAGCCACCGCCGUUUAUAUCGAAAACUAAUGAUAUAGAAAGAUUGGGCCAGAUAUUGUAUCAUAUGAUGGCUGGCGGUGCUCCGCCUCUACUGAGCGAUGACCCUGACAUAGAAAUGAGGAUCAACACGAGGCCUAGAUUGCAACUUUUCGAUGAAAAUGCAAAGGAUCUGCUGGAAAAGAUAGGCCCCUACCCUUUCGGACCUACAGACCCAGCUAAUUUUCUGACAAUAGAGCAGGUCCGUGAGCAUCCCUGGCUUACAGGAGGCCCUCUCACUCGCCCUUUCCUGAUAUAUAGAGCGGAGUUUUCUCGCCUCCAGGACGAUUUGACGGCUCUGAGAAUCAUCCUAAAAGACUGGGAGAUUUUUCCGUUCAUCAGGUUUGUUGAGAAUCUUGAGGAGGUUUUCUCUCAAUAUUUAAUUACAGGUGACGCUCAAACAAUCGGCUCCGUCUCUAACCUCUUCGAGUGCGAGGACACCAUAAAACGUGGUCCCCAUGUGAUGAAAUUCAUGUACAGAGUAGGAGACUUGUCGAUAGUACAAAGCUUAGAAGAGUCGGAGAGGGAGCCUUUACGAAUAUUCAAUGAACUGUGGAUCACGUUAAGAAUCCUCCCGAAGCACGCGAACUUUGUGGAAAUCAUGGAUGUCCUCGUCCACUCCGAAUUCGUCGUCGUCGUGAGAGAGUACUAUGGGAGGAUGACGCUAGAAAACUUCUUCACCGUCUCGACGGAUGAUAGUUCUCGGAUCGUUUUCAGGCAAUUAGUACACGCCGUUCGCCUGAUGCAUCUCUACGGAGUGGUGCACAUGGACUUGAACUGCCAUAACAUCAUCUUCAUGGACACGGAGUUUAAUCAGAAUUUUAAGAUCGUGGAUUUCAGCAAGGCCCUGUACAGUCCGACCCUAGCCAAGAGCAGUGUUGACCACUUCCACCCGGGCAAAUGGUUCACUCCCAAGCUCGCCGUCAUGGCCCUUGCCGCCAGCGUUGAAGUAGACGUCCGAGCCCUGGGCAGGAUUCUGCUCGCCAUGACAACUGGAUUCUGGCAACCCGGUGAAUUGAAUCCCUUGUGUCCGCCUAUGCGUGAAGUAUUUAGCGAAGAGUGUAUGGAUUUGCUCUCGAGAAUAGGCCCAGCUCCCUACGGACCAGGUCCAGGAGAGCACACGCUAACCAUGGACCAGAUAUGCGCACAUCCGUGGCUUGCUCCAGCGUAGACAUGAUGCUCGGAGACUAUGGAAAUCCGAAGGUUUAUGUAGAUUCGUUGUGAAAAACCGAUCAGCAUGAGACGAAGCAGACAUUUGAUCUUGUGGAGGUAAAAUUUUGCAUCUCACAAUUAGGCCAGGAUUGGCACUGACCUGAAGACGCAGAUGUUGUAGUCAUGUCCAAGACAUCAACAGUAUUGUGUUCUUCUAAAACUGGGGCCCUUAUACACAACGCCUCAAUGGCGAGUGCUAGACUGUCAAGGCACUCUACAAUUACUGGGUCCGCAACUAACUGCAAGGUACGUACCGUCAGACUGAGAAGCACAGAAUGAAAGAAAUAUCUCUCGUCAGGUGGUAUGAAGGAAUACGGAGAUCGAUGACUUUAGAAGUUCCUGAAAUAAUGAAGCAAAAAAUAUCUACCUUGGAAGACACCCCCAAAACAUAAGGUUUGUGAGGUAUUUGUAAGAAACU